GUAUUUAAACUAAGUAAAAAUCUUCUCGAUACCAGUAGCUAAAAGCACUCAGUUCUCAAUCUUCAAAUACUUCCUCGGCCCAGACCACGCUCUUCAUGAUGCUUCGGUAUCAGGAAUCUGGUAUUUCUAGCAUAUUCAGAUUUACUUCAUUUCUGGAUUUAUCGCUGCAAUAAAAGGAAAACUGGACAAUCCAAAGACCUGGCACCAUGGUUUUUGUAUAUUAUAUUUUAGUGGCGUUUCAACUUUUUGUAUUCGUAAGCAUCGAAGGUUUUCCAACGGGUAAUGACGAGUCAACACCAGCGGGUAACAGUGGAUAUGAAUACGAGUAUAAUUAUUUUUAUACACCGCCAGAUAAUAAAGGGGUGGAAGGCCAAAACACCGGAUCGAGCAUGAACGGUGAAACUCUCAUGGCUGCCGAACACAAAGCAAGAGAUACGAAUGAAAUCGAGUUUCUUGAAGGAUUAUUGAUUAAUUAUGACCAACGGAUAAGGCCAAAUAAUAAUGGUGUUCCUGUGAGGGCUAAUGUGUCGAUUUUCGUUAAUUCUUUCUAUUCGGUCAACGAACAGACAAUGGAUUACAAAUUGAAUAUAUUUUUGCGUCUUCGGUGGAAUGACCCACGGUUGGCUCACAACUUCAAUGACAAAGCAGUUGCUCUCCACCCAUCAAUGUUAGGAAAAAUAUGGAAGCCGGAUGUUUUCUUUUCUAAUGAAAAGCAUGCUGCAUUCCACUCAGUCACAACAGAGAACAAAUUACUGAGGGUUUAUACUAAUGGCGAUGUUUAUUCCAGCGUUCGCUUGACUCUUACGUUAUCUUGUGCUAUGCACUUGAGGAAUUUUCCAAUGGAUGUACAGAUUUGUAACAUGGAAAUGGAGAGUUUUGGUUAUGACAUGAAGGAUUUAAUAUUCGAUUGGGACGGACCACAUGCCGUGCAACUUCCUAAAACACUUGCACUACCUCAGUUUCGAAUCCGUGGAUACAGGUUGAAUACCUGCACAAAAGUAUACAGCACAGGUUCGUUCACUUGUCUUGGAGCUGACUUUAUUCUUCAGCGUCAAAUGGGUUAUUACAUAAUUCAAAUGUACGCCCCAUCUCUCAUGAUUGUCAUUUUAUCGUGGGUUGCAUUUUGGAUCAAUAUGGAUGCUGCACCUGCGAGAACAGCUUUGGGAAUAACUACUGUACUUACUAUGACAACUCAAAGUUCCGGAGCUCGAGCUUCGUUACCGAAGGUAUCUUAUGUCAAAGCUAUCGACGUAUGGUUUGCCGUUUGCCUCAUAUUUGUAUUCGCAGCUCUCAUUGAAUUUGCUGUUGUCAACUUUUUAUCUCGACAGGAAAAAUCGUUUUUCAAAUUGGGAUUGCAGCUUGCAAAUAUUAAGAAAGAGGAAGAACUCGAUGAACAGGGUACGUUGAAGCCAAAAAAGAGGCGGAGAGACGUACAUUCCGACACAACUGGAGACGGAAUAUCGACAGAAAUGAAGGCGAUGAGUACAACGUCACCUACACCAACCAGUGCGUCACGAUACUCCAUGAUUGGACAAAUUCCCGAUGAGGAAAAAUCUAAGAAGGAGAGGUACAGGUGGAAAGCAAAAAGAAUUGACCGUAUUUCACGAGUUUGCUUUCCUCUUUCGUUUAUUGUCUUCAAUUUAUUUUACUGGAUUGUUUAUCAGGUUGCUCGUGACGACCUACGCAAUGUGUUAGAUGGAGCGAUACCUUAUGAUACCUAAUCAUUGGAGAAAGCACUAAACAAAAUAAUCGGAAUACGACCAUAAUGUAAAAAUGCCCAACCCAAAUAUGGAAUUUCAUCAACCGUCAAUUGAGCCUGAUGUUUGAAUCUACUUAGCAUUUGAUCAAUAAUGAGGAUUAAUUGAACUGAAUGAUGUUGUCAUACCAAGAAUUGAUAAUCAAAGUUAGGCGUAAGGAUGGUUAUAUGGUAUCAAUCACCAUUUAAAGGGCAUAUUGGGCUUCCAUUUAAUAGCAGGUUUGAUCUUAGGAGAAGCUGCUCCUCACAUAUCCUCAAUGCAUGAGGAGUACUGAUUUAUUUUUUCAUGUACUGUACAGUUUUAAACACCAACCUUUUCAUUCUGAUUUAUCACAAUACCAAUCAGCAAAUUGCUGACAAAACGCAGCCUAAAGAUCAAUAACGUGUGUGUUUGAAUUUGAAUAUACCCAUGCUCAGUAAAAUAUUGGCAUUCAAAAUAGGCUUUGGACUCGUAACUUUUCGAACGUCGUUUCUUUUUUAUAUUUCUUGCACCAUACAUUAGAAUUGCUUACAGUAUUUUUAUGCAAUUCAAUAUGGUAUACAGUAUUUAUUGUUUUGAAUUGAACAAUACAAAAAAAACGAGAAAAAAA